UUUUACAAAUUUAUUAUUGCUAUUAUUUGUCGUGUAAAUAAUUUAAAAAAGCGUUAUUUCAGUAUUUUUAAAAUUAGUUGUUUUAAUUAUAAUUAUUCAUAGCUGAAUUUCAUUUUAAAUUUGAACUCAGUCUAAUUAGGUUUGAAGUAUCAAAUAAUUUAUUUCCUUUUAUAUGGAACCAUAUAUUUAAAUGAAAUUGUGAUGAAUGCAUCAUCUGAAUCAAGCGUACUUGAUGAAUCUCUGAAUAGUCCUAAAAACAACUCACAAACAACCAAUGAUAAUGAGUUAAUAUUAUCACCAAAGAAACAUCUGGUUUGUUUUGCUUCUGUCAAAGGAGACUGCAUAGUCACAAAAAAUGGUACGUCAUAUGCAGGAAUUAAAGAAUGUUUGCUUAGUGAACGAAUGGUAGAUAAAAAAGUUCUCAUUGAUAAUAAACCCAUUGAAACAUCAGUUUUGGAUUCUGAUAUUGAUAGUGGAAUGGAAUCAUCUGCAUCAAGUUGGGAUAGAUCUGUUAAUGAAGUCAAAGAACAUGCAUUUGCACGACUUGAAGAAGAAUUAAGAAAAGCUAAUGAAACUCUUAAAUUGAGAGAUGAAGAAGUAUCACGUUUAAAUAGAAUACGCUCUGAUGUUGAAGCUGAGUUACAAGAACUAACUGCUAGUUUAUUUCAAGAAGCUCAUAGCAUGGUAAAAGAAGCAAAUUUACGACAAGCCGCUGCUACUAGAGCUUUAAAAGAAUCAUCAAUGAAAGUAGAUGUAUUGUCUGCUGAAGUAGCAGCAUUAAAAACUCUGGUUUUAACAUCAACUCCAAGCCAGCCAAAUUUAUCUAGAGAAGAUAGUGUUUCAUUACCAGGUGGAUUGAGUGGAGUUGGAUUAUUUUACCGAAAACAUAAAAGAUCUCCUUCUCACAAUAAUUUAAAAUAUGGACGUGAAAAUUCUCCCCCAGAUUCUCCCUUAAAAAAAAAUAACCAACAGCAGUUAGCUACUGAUUCUGUUAAUUCAAAAAUUGUUGAAUGUGGUGAAAUGGAUCCAAAUGUAUACCGAGAAUUUGUAAUAUGGAUGAAAUUGCCUACGUUAGAUAAAUCUGAUGCUUUUAUUAGUAGAAUAUACAAAGAGGACAUUGAUCAAUGUUUAGAAUUUAAUAAUUCUACAUUGGCAUUAGAGGUGAGACAAGCUGUAGAAUCUGGAAAUCUUUUCAUUGAAUCUAUGGAUAUAACUAAAACCCAUUUUCCUAAAAAAUGUGCCCUGAUGGAAUUACCAUUAAUGUGUUUGUAUAGAAUGAACUUAGGUGGAGCUGAUGAUGAUUGGUAUUCUAUAUCUCAAAUUUGUCGAAAUAGGAUAACUGCUGUAUGUGAUUUUCUCAAUUAUCUUAAGUACAUUCAGAGAGGUUUAGUAAAAAGCACAGAAAACGAUAUGUAUUGGGAAAUUGUCAAACUUCGAAAACAAAUGAUGCUUGCCAAACUUGGAUUAGCAACUUAACAUGUGCUGCUUAGCACAUGUUUCCUAAAAAUUUAACAUUUUUAAACCAAAGUCUUUAUUAUAUUAACUUAUAUUUGAAAAAAAUGAUCUAAUUUUUAUUUACUAUAUUUUUAAAUUUUUAAUUACUAUGUGA